ACAACAACAAUAACUACUAAACCAAUAUGAGACUUUUCAUCGCUGCUACCACUGUCCUUUCUUUGAUUGGUGCCUCUCAAGCUCUUCCUGCUGCUUCAAACUCUUGUCAAGAAACCCACCAAGUCGCCACCGGUGAGACUUGUAAGUCAAUUGCCUUGAAGUACAAUCAUUCUCAAAGUGAUAUCCAACAAUGGACUAAGAAGUCCAACACUUCUUUCGACUGUGAGAGUAUCAAGGUUGGCGACUCUAUUUGCGUUAAGUACGGUACUGUUGACAAGCGUGGCGAGAAGAACGAGGAGCCCAAGCCUAAGCAUACCACUUCUGUCAAGCCCAAGCCCAAGCAUACUACUACUGUAAAGAAGCCUGUCCCUGCUCCUUCUCCUAAGGCUGUCAACAAGGACAAGCGUGGUGAGAAGAAAGAGGAGCCUAAGCCUAAGCAUACCACUUCCGUCAAGCCCAAGCCCAAGCAUACCACUUCUGUCAAGCCCAAGCCCAAGCAUACCACUACUGUAAAGAAGCCUGUCCCUGCCCCUUCUCCUAAGGCUGUUAACAAAGACAAGCGUAGUGAGAAAAACGAAGAACCCAAGCCUAAGCAUACCACUUCUGUCAAGCCUAAGCCCAAGCAUACUACUACUGUAAAGAAGCCUGUCCCUGCCCCUUCUCCUAAGGCUGUUAACAAGGACAAGCGUGGUGAGAAAAACGAAGAACCCAAGCCUAAGCAUACCACUUCUGUCAAGCCUAAGCCUAAGCAUACCACUUCUGUCAAGCCCAAGCCUAAGCAUACUACCACUGUGAAAAAGCCUGUCCCUGCCCCUUCUCCCGCUGCUCAAGAGCACAAAGAUCUUAACAAGCGUGCUGAAGAAGCCAAAGACAACAAGAAGGAAGCUGCUAAGAAGCAUACUACUACCAAGAAGACUGUUCCCAAGAAGACUACUAAGAAGCCCGCCUCCAAGAAGAAGACUACCAAGAAAGUUGUUCCUAAGAAGCACACCACCGCUAAGAAGGCCGAGCACAAGAACUAA